CUCUCUCUCUCUCUCUUCUCGAGGUCGACUGAACCAGAGAGUCGAAACCCUACAAGAAUCAACCCAACCAUCAGUCUCUCCACUGAGAGACCUCCCUCACACUCUCGGCCAUGGCCAUCAAGCAAUUGCUAGCCCUCGCCGGACGCUCCCGCGGUUCCCGCGCGGCUUCGUCCCUCUCCCGGACCACCGUCCGGUCCGCAUCGACCUCCCCCGCCGUCGCCUCGUCGGCCCCCGCCCCCGCCCCGCCGCCUCCCGACGCCAUGGUCUACGACCGCCUCGCCGAGGCCGUGAAGUCGAAGCUUAGGCAGCUGGAGAACCCGGAUCCGAGGUUCCUCCGGUACGCCUCGCCCCACCCGGCCAUCGCUGACCACACCCGCAUCCUCGCCGCCCCCCAGACGCGCGUCACCACGCUCCCCAAUGGCCUCCGCAUCGCCACUGAGUCGAACCUCGCUGCUCGCACCGCCACCGUCGGGGUGUGGAUAGACGCCGGCUCGCGCUUCGAGACCGAUGACACCAAUGGGACUGCCCAUUUCCUCGAGCAUAUGAUAUUCAAGGGGACUGAGAAGAGAACAGCAAGACAAUUGGAGGAAGAGAUAGAGAACAUGGGAGGACACUUGAAUGCCUACACUUCUAGAGAGCAAACCACUUACUAUGCUAAGGUGUUGGAUAAGGAUGUCAACAAUGCCCUCGAUAUUUUGGCCGAUAUCCUGCAGAACUCCAAGUUUGAUGAGAACCGAAUUAACCGGGAGCGUGAUGUGAUCUUGCGUGAGAUGGAAGAGGUUGAAGGCCAAACUGAGGAGGUGAUAUUUGAUCAUUUGCAUGCAACAGCAUUCCAGUACUCUCCUCUGGGAAGGACUAUUCUUGGACCUGCUCAAAAUAUCAAGACAAUCACAAAGGAGCAUCUUCAGGACUACAUAAAAACACACUACACAGCUCCUAGAAUGGUUAUCGCUGCAUCUGGAGCUGUGAAGCAUGAAGAUGUCGUUGAGCAAGUCAAGAAAUUGUUUACGAAGCUAUCUGCAGAUCCAACCACUGCUUCCCAGUUAGCUGCAAAAGAGCCUGCCAUUUUUACUGGUUCAGAGGUCAGGAUAAUCGACGACGAUAUUCCUCUGGCACAAUUUGCAGUAGCUUUCAGUGGAGCAUCUUGGACGGAUCCAGAUUCCAUUGCUCUGAUGGUGAUGCAGGCGAUGUUAGGCUCAUGGAACAAAAAUGCUGGAGGUGGAAAGCACAUGGGUUCGGAGCUGGGACAAAGAGUUGCAAUUAACGAAAUAGCAGAAUCUAUGAUGGCAUUCAAUACCAACUAUAAGGACACUGGUCUCUUUGGUGUUUAUGCUGUUGCCAAGCCGGAUUGCUUAGAUGAUUUGGCUUAUGCAAUAAUGUAUGAGACAACCAAGUUGGCCCAUCGUGUUUCUGAAGCUGAUGUUACCCGAGCUAGAAAUCAGUUGAAAUCUUCUCUGCUGCUUCACAUUGAUGGAACAAGUCCUGUCGCUGAAGAUAUUGGACGUCAGCUUCUAACUUAUGGCCGGAGAAUUCCUUUUGCGGAAUUGUUCGCCAGGAUUGAUGCUGUUGAUGCCAGCACCGUCAAACGUGUAGCAAAUAGGUUCAUCUAUGAUAGGGAUAUUGCUAUUGCUGCAAUGGGCCCAAUCCAAGGUUUGCCUGAUUACAACUGGUUCAGACGCAGGACCUACUGGAACCGAUACUAGUCUCACUUUUUGUUUUUCAUCAUUACCUUCUCUGGCAAUUUGCUUCAAUACUUUCUCGUGACUCACCAAAUUUUCAGUGGCAAGCCUCGAGGGCUCGUACUUCUCUGUUUAUCGCUCUACUUCAAUUGGUCUUUGUACAAUUCUUAUAAAUUCAUAAUAAGUAUGUUGUAUCCGGUGACAGACUCGCCCACUAUUCUUGAGGUUCUCUCUGCAAGUAUAUUAUCCUCAUUGAUGUUGAGUCGCUUCAAAUAAUUUUGCCUUCUCCUUGUCCUUCA